UCAUGAAAUAAAGGGGGGGAGGAGCCCUGUUACUAUUCACUGUGCUUUCUCAGUCUGUCUCAGCCUCUUAAUUUUCUUUUUUUCUAUUGUUCUUUUCACGUUCUUUGAUCUCACCGUCUACCACAAUGUCGGUUAACUCCCUGGCCGUUGGAUCAUUCUAUGUGUCGCGAUCUCGGAGCCGGAGGGGUGUUCCUCCCAUUAGGAUGGCUGUCCGAUCUAACAUCGUCUCGGUGGCUCCAUUCCUGACCAAGUUACAAAGGGACUCUGCAACUCCUUUGCCAGUUUUGCGGUACGUGGCCGACGCCAUGACCACUGAUAUGCGAGCUGGACUUGCCACUGAUGGUGGUAGCGAUCUAAAGAUGAUACUGAGCUAUGUUGAUUGCUUGCCUAGCGGGAAUGAGAAAGGAUUGUUUUAUGCAUUGGAUCUUGGUGGCACUAAUUUCCGGGUUCUGAGAGUGCAAUUAGGUGGGAAGCAAGAGCGAGUGAUUGCCACUGAAUUUGAGCAAGUUUCUAUCCCUCAAGAGCUAAUGUUUGGUACUUCUGAGGAACUUUUUGAUUUUAUUGCGUCUGGAUUGGCAAAUUUUGCUAAAAAAGAAGGUGGGAAAUUUCACCUGCCACAUGGAAGGAUAAGAGAGAUUGGAUUCACAUUUUCUUUCCCUGUGAAGCAAACGUCCAUUGACUCUGGCAUACUGAUCAAGUGGACCAAGGGUUUUGCGGUGUCUGGAUCGGCUGGACGAGAUGUUGUUGCUUGUCUAAACGAAGCAAUGGAAAGGCAAGGAUUAGAUAUGCGGGUGUCUGCCCUGGUUAAUGAUACUGUGGGAACUUUAGCGGGAGCAAGAUACUGGGAUGAUGAUGUCAUGGUUGCUGUCAUUUUGGGUACUGGAACUAAUGCUUGCUAUGUUGAACGGAUAGAUGCUAUUCCAAAACUACGUGGUCCAGAAUCAUUUUCUGGAAGAACGAUUGUUAAUACUGAAUGGGGAGCAUUUUCGAAUGGUAUUCCUUUGACUGAAUAUGAUAGAGAUAUGGAUGCUGCAAGUAUCAAUCCUGGCGAGCAGAUAUUUGAGAAGACAAUUUCUGGAAUGUAUCUAGGAGAAAUUGCACGACGAGUGUUAUUGAAGAUGGCUGAAGUAGGUGAUAUAUUUGGAAAAUCUGUGCCAGAAAAAUUAUCCACACCUUCUGCACUCCGUACCCCAGAUCUAUGUGCUAUGCAGCAGGACAACUCUGAUGAUCUUCAAUCUGUUGGAUCAAUCCUAUACAAUGUCGUUGGGGCCGAAUCCAGCUUAAGUGCAAGAAAGAUUGUGGUAGAGGCUAGUGAUGCCAUCGUGAAGAGAGGGGGGCACUUAGCUGGUGCUGGAAUUGUUGGGAUUCUGCAAAAGAUGGAGGAGGAUUCCAGUGGUCUGAUAUUUGGAAAGAGAACAGUGGUGGCUAUGGAUGGUGGCCUGUAUGAGCACUACCCUCAGUAUAGAAGAUACUUAAAAGAAGCUGUGACAGAGCUUCUGGGGUUAGAAAUUUCAAAGAACAUAGUUAUAGAACAUUCAAAAGAUGGGUCUGGUAUUGGAGCUGCUCUCCUGGCUGCAACAAAUUCCAAGUAUGAUCAUGACUAUUAGGUUAGCCAAUGGUCCGAAUUGCCAAGAAUGCAACUUAUUUUUUGUGUAAUUAAUCAAAGCACAUUACUUGGCUUGGUUUCUUUAUUGUGUAGUAAAAUCAAUAAUAAAAAGGAGGAGAAAAUUUUGGUUUAGGAAUUCAGCAGCUUUGUAUGUAGAACAACAAAUAAUUGUGUGAACUAAUAAUAGAUCAUUAGUUUAACAAAUUUUCAAUUUAAA